UGCUUAUGUUCUUUAUAUGUCAAGUUGGUGAUAUAAUGUGCUUCUUUGACACAAAGUAACUAACGGGUUGGACAGAGGCCCAUCCAGGAAGCCACUAUACAAAUAAACGAAGGGCUAAUUAUACACUACUUUGCCCUUGAAGCCAGGCACACACUGGAGAAUAAAUCCUGCUUGUAUUUACCAUUAAGUUUCUUCUGUUGGUAAAUUGUCUCAUUCAGGAUGGUGAAGACUUGAUGGAUGAGAGCGUGUUGAAAUUCUACACUCAACAAUGGGAAGAUUAUCGGUUUUCAAGCAAAGUGCUGAAUGGAAUUUGUGCCUAUCUCAAUCGACACUGGGUUCGUCGUGAAUGUGAUGAAGGCCGAAAGGGAAUAUAUGAAAUUUAUUCCCUUGCACUGGUGACCUGGCGGGACUGCUUGUUCAAGCCGCUAAAUAAGCAGGUAACAAAUGCUGUGUUGAAGCUGAUUGAAAAAGAAAGAUAUGGUGAAACUAUCAAUACAAGACUGAUCAGUGGAGUUGUACAAUCUUAUGGUAAAAUUAAUAUUAAUGAUUGUUGGGUUUUUUUAAUGCUAUUGUUGUAAAGUUUAAAAUGUGGUUUGUAUAUGGUCCCUUCUUGCUUCUAUGUGAAGUAAUUUGAAAUAUGUAAUAUU